CUCUUAUUGGUUAAUUGCUUUACCUAUUUAGUGCUGGCGGACUAGCAAAUGUUUUGAAUAUGUGGUAAAUAGGGUUUUUCGCAAAUUACUAAUAAAAAAAGAGGUAUAGGAUUAGUUUUAAGUGGCCAGAAGUGCAAAAUAUCACGAAGAUCACAAAAAAAUACGCGAAGAGAACGUAAUUCUCUAUUUGGGCGUAUAGAUUCAAGCGCAGACAGUUCGAUAAACAAUACACAACGAAUACAGUGAUGGCCGUACAAGAGAGCUAGUAGUAGGUUAUACGAUCAGGCUUCGGCCUUUAAUAAAUACGUGUCACAUCCACAUAAUAAAAUGCAGUUAGAUAAACUAUAGUGACAUGUGUAAAUAGUGUAAUUUUUCGUGUAGGACAAAUUUUUAAAUAUUUUUUACUUGUGGAUUUUAACCGACUGAACUCAGGCACAGGUACCAUGUAAUGCAAUGUUGGAAAGAACAAGGUCCUAUUUCGAAGAUGUUAUAGCUGAAGAUUUUAAUUAUCUGAAAUCAAAUAUUAUUGACUCCGAGAAAAAAAGAUCUUCCAGAAUAAAUAGAAGUAAACUAACUCAUAAAAAGAAUGAUUUUCUUACGGAAGAGUAUACCAUGACUCGAAAAACCAGGACAAGAAGGCCGCGGGUAUCUGCUCUACAGUCUGGUUAUUGUGCAGUUUGCAACAUUCCUUAUAACAGCGUGGAAGACCAUAUACAGUCAAAAAAGCAUCAAAAGCUUAUUGGAGAAGAUGCCAAUUAUAUAGCUCUGAAUGGGUCACUUAAUGGAUUCUUGCAAACCGAUAAUAUUCCCUUUCUUAAUUUGAAUGGAAUUGAUGCAAUAGGAGUUCAUGACGCUUCGUUAGAUGAAUUUUCACCGUCUUACAAAAAACGAACAAUGCGCAGAACCCGAGCUGCCUCAAUAAUGUGCGAUCCUUCCCGUCUUUCCCCCGCAGUCAACGAUAUUACCGGUCAUCACUUAAGAUCCCGGAGAAAUAUUAACUAUAUGACUCCUCCCCUGGAAGAGGACAGCUUACAAGAAAAACCCGAUUUAACAGUGAGAGAGGAACAUGAACAAGAAAAUAAAGACACUAGAGAAUUACGAGCUACUACUAGAUCAUUAACGAAAUUGAUUUCCGCCAUUCCGGAACCACCGCAUGAAGAAGUCUGGAACUCUGGAAGGCCAAAGAGGACAUGUAUUAGCAAGAAAAGAUUAUCGUUGGAUGAUAGACUAACAAAUUGUAAAACUUAUUAUAAAGUUGAAGUUGUGUCACCGAAACUUAGAUCUGAUUCCAGCAAAUACCAAGAAACCAGCAAAAGACAACAAUCGCAGUCUCCGAAACGGGAGGAAGAAAAAGCUCUCAUAGUAAAAUUCAAAAAACUCCGCAACUCUGAACUGAUUCAGCUAAAUAACGAAGCUACGAAUUUUCUUUUUCCCAAAAAGGAUGAGACCAGUGAAGAAGAAGAUGACGAAGACGACGAUGAUGUAGAUUGUAAUACAACUGCCAGUUCUGUUGACAGCAUUUCCAACUUAGAAUUAGAAGACUGUAAAACUUCAACACCUAGGUUAAAAAACGAGGAUGAAACGUCAAUGGAUAGUACAGAGAAAAAGAAGAAACGAAGGACUCACGCAGAAGCUUUUAUAUUGGACAAUCAAAAAUAUUAUAAGUUUGAAACGCCUGGUUCCAGUCAUUGCAGGUUGAGAUACCAGGGAUCUUACUUACCAAUGGUAUUGAGGUCUCCAGAACGACUUACGAAAGUGGAAGAUGACAUUAAACUUGAAGAACCAGAAGAAAAGAAAGUGAAAUACGAUUCCAAAGUUAAGUUGGACAAUUACAAAUUUGCUUUCGAGAAAGUUCCAAGUAACACGGGAUGGUAUAACGCUUUCAGAAGAUUGGAUAAUACUGAACAGAGUUACGCGUUUUUUAGUAAUUAUUUAUGGGAAUCCUUUGUAUUACCUUAUCAAAUGCGUAGCAUACAACCCUUAGAUCGAAAAUUUUGCUGUUCACAUUAUCGCGAACUUCUAAAUUGCCUGUUAAAUCCUUCCUCGGAAUCAAACUCACGAAGUUCCUCUCCAGAACCGAGCGUUUCUCCAUCUCUAUUAAUGUAUGACGAAGACAGCAAACUUAGCGCUUCAACAACCAGCUCUAUUAGCAGCACAGAAGAUAAACUUAAAGCUGUCACCGACAAACCAAGCAGAAUUGGAACACGACAAAAAGUAUCGUAUAUCAUAAAUACAGUUUCUAAAGGUAGUGGUGGAGGAAAGAAUCCCAGGAAGUCGCCUAGACAGCACGCCUCUACUUUAGCGAUUCUUAGCGGGUUCAUACAGCAAAGAAAAGGUCGAUCUAAGGGCAAGGUUCCAGAAGAAAGUGACCAAAAUUUGAAUACCAUAGAAGAAGAGGAACCGCUACAAGAGGAGGUAAAACAUAAGCAAAUACAAGAAGAGGUAAAACAUAAACUAAUGCAAGAAGAGAUAAAGCAUAAAAUACAAGAAGAGAUAAAGCAUAAACAAAUGCAAGAAGAGAUAAAGCAUAAACAAAUGCAAGAAGAGAUAAAGCAUAAACAAAUGCAAGAAGAGAUAAAGCAUAAACAAAUGCAAGAAGAGAUAAAGCAUAAACAAAUACAAGAAGAGAUCAUACCGAAACUUCUAUUGUCAACUCCUCCAGCUCUUAGAGUCCAAGCAAUACCUCCAUCGUCUGAAAAACCUAAAACGUCUCCAAGGAAAACUAAAGCUCGAAUUGAUUACUACACCAUUGCCCGGCAAAUUGACGAAGAAUUGGAUUCGAUGAUUGACGAGGAUCUGGACGAUUACGAAAUAGAAUAUGCCGACGAAAAUAUAGUAGAUUUCAUUAAGAGCAAAACUACGCUUACAGAUAUUUUGGGAUUAUAUGAGGAGAAUAACUCUAAAGAAACUGAGAAAACUUGCAGGAAGUUUUUCAACGGGCCGAUAAUUAGGAAGCCCGGAAUAAGGAGAAAAAAGUUGAAUAAAACAGGUUGGCCGAACAAAAGUAAAAAACCGUCAACGAAAAAGGAACAAAAUAAAGAAAAAGAGGACGAUAUCGAAAGCACCAUAGAUUCCGGCAGUGUCAACGACACCGAAGAUGAAGAUGAUGUGGAAGAACCAGAAAAAGAACCCAACUUUGCAAAUGAGAAAAAAGAAGAACGGCCUAAAAGGAACGUCCCUAAACAAAAAGUACCGGAGAAAAAUAUCUUGCGGUCAAAUAUCGAAUGUCAAAAAAACAGUGUGAACAAAAGUGAUAAAGACAAAAUAAUAACUAAUAAUAGGGAAAUGUUGCAACCUUACGUGUGUGUUCAGAAGUUAGACAGUAAGAAACUCUGUAAAAAAAUUAUAAUAACGCCGAAAAGGACAAUUAAAAAACAAAGAUGCAUGCCGGGUUCGCCGAAAUCUCCCAGGAUGUUGAGGAAACCUCGAGGGAGGUGGUACAGAGAGAGAUAAAGACGAUGGAAAUUAUUAUUUGUAUUUAUUUAUUAAUUUCAAUUAUUGUAUUUUUAUUAAUUUACAUAAAAGAGAUUGUAUUCUAUUUUGUACCAGAAAUUUAUUUAACUUGUACAGCAUUGCGAAGAGA